AAAGCUGUGACCACGAAUGAGCCAAUCGGCUGUGGAAGGCAGAGUUGUCCCUGUGGCCGCCAUUAAAGAAAGGAAUCCUUGAAUUUAAAUGGAAACCAACAGGAACCGAGGCUGAAAUAAUGAUCCAAAUCUUCAUUACAACGCAAGCCGGCGCUGAUUUCGAGACGUUUUUAACAGGAUGUACAUCAUUUUUAAGCUAAAUUUUGCGAUGGAGGAGUGAGACGAGGCGUUUCAAAUGUUUUGUUUUUAAAGCGGACACCGAUUUAGGGCUCUAAGGGGGAGGGGGAGAGUUGCUUCUUUUGCUCUCCUUUUCUUUUUGUUUUAUGAACAUUUUACGCUGCUUUUAAUAUGCCUAUAYUGCGCACUUUUGAGAUGCCGAUAUAAUUGAGACAACACCGUCUCUUUUAUCCGCUUUUAGCUCCGGCGGAGGAAAACUGCAGUCAGAAGGUUGUUGAAUUAACUCUCCUUCAAAAGCCAAAUGUUACAAAAAAUAUUUAUGUCUGAUUAGGCUUGGACAUAACAGUUAACACAAACCAUCAAAAUUCGUUCUUUAUUUCCCUGGACGUGAAACGAUGGGGAGUUGGAUCUCGCAGUGAGGAAGGAUGAGUUCUUGUUUUGUACCUAACGGGGCCAGCUUGGAGGAUUGCCAUUCCAAUCUAUUCUGUCUGGCUGACCUGACAGGAAUCAAAUGGAAGAGGUUUGUGUGGCAGGGUCCCACCUCUGCUCCCAUCCUCUUCCCGGUGACAGAAGAGGACCCCAUCCUGUGCAGCUUCAGCCGCUGCCUGAAAGCCGACGUGCUGAGCGUGUGGCGGCGCAGCCAGCGGCAGGGUCGGCGGGAGCUGUGGCUCUUCUGGUGGGGGGACGACCCAAACUUUUCUGAACUCAUCCACCAUGAGCUUACAGCCGAGGAUGAUGGUCUGUGGGAGAACGGCCUUUCCUAUGAAUGUCGCACUCUGCUGUUCAAAGCAAUCCACAACUUGCUGGAGCGCUGCCUCAUGAAUCGCAGCUUUGUUCGCAUUGGCAAGUGGUUCAUCAAACCCUAUGAGAAGCAUGAGAAGCCCUUCAAUAAGAGUGAGCACCUGUCCUGCGCCUUCAACUUCUUCUUACACGGUGAAAGUAAUGUGUGCACCAGCGUGGAGAUCAACCAACACCAGCCCAUAUACCAUCUAACAGAGGAGCACCUCGCUCUGGCUCAGCAGGCUUCCAGCCCAUUUCAAGUAAUCCUUAGUCCAUUUGGCCUAAAUGGGAUGCUGACUGGCCAGUCAUUCAAGGUAUCAGAUCCUCCCACACAGAAACUGAUUGAGGAGUGGAACCAGUUUUAUCCCAUCAGCCCUCGUGCCAAGGAUGCCGAAGAAAAGGCUGAGGACAUGGACUGGGAGGAUGACUCUUUGGCCUCUGUAGAGGUCCUUGUUGGUGGUGUGCGAAUGAUCUACCCAGCCUGCCUGGUCCUGGUACCUCAGACAGAUAUCCCUGUCUUGGCCCCUGUGGGGUCUUCCCACUGCACUGCCGUCUACUCGGGUGGCCACCAAGUGCCUGCUUCUCAGCGAGAGCCUGCCAUGUCUUUGGUGACCCUCACCCCUCCCACGUCACCUGAGGAGGCGCACACAGUGGACUGYCACUCUGCCCAGAAGUGGGUUAAAAUGCCUUCAUUGUCUGACGCGUUCAGCGUGGACAGAACAARUCACCAUGGGGGAAAGAUUCCACGCCGGUUGGCCACUCAGGUGGUGGAGCGUGUCUGGCAAGAGUGCAAUAUCAACCGAGCCCAGAACAAGCGGAAGUUUUCAACUGCGACCAAUGGUAUCUGUGAGGAGGAGCUGACAGAAAAAUUAGGAGCUUGGGAUUUUGUGGUGCCUUCGCAGACAUCUUACUGCAGCUGUUCCAGACACAAAUCAGUAAAGCAACGAAUAGGCAGCACUCCAGGCCAAACUCAGUCAGCAGGCCAGCCCUCCCAGCCUCCAACCAAGCACAAAACUGGAGGAGAAAAGCCAGAGAAAGGUGAAAAGCAGCAGAAGAGACCCCAAACCCCCUUCCAUCAUCGCAGCCUGACCAGCGAUGAAACUUCCAUCGAGACUGAAGCAGCAGUGGGCCAACGGCUGGCCAUUAGGGGUCAGGAUGGGGGAAGAUUUCGUUCGACAGAUGUAGCCGCCAUCUCCAAAGCCCACCUGCUCCACAGUGGAGCAAUCAGCACUGGGCCUUCAGAGCAGCCCAACUCCCCCCAACCUCCACCACUUAGCCCCCACCCCUGUGAACGACCUGAGGAGUCAGGGGAGGGCAUAAAGAACCCUUCAACCCCCAACGGCCAACACUUUUAUCAGCUACCACCAGAGCACUGCCUGGUCGGUGUAAAAGGUGGCAGCGAAGAGCCCGGAGGGCCCGAUUGUCUCAAUCAGCACUUCCACCCUCACUCUCAUUCUGCGACCUCUUCCUACCCUGAGCCUCCCGAGCCCACAGUGUAUGUGGGUGCAGCAGUAAACCAGGAUGACGACAGCUCCCACACACCAUGGAGGUUAUUCAACCUGCCCCGCAGGAAAGAAGCCGAGCUGCCCACACCGCUUCUGCCKGGCGACAAGCUGAGAGACGAGGCCUCAAUCGCACAGGACCUGGUCUCAGUCACAGAGUUGAUGUCAUCAUCCAAAGGGCCACUGAAGGUGUCUGAAGAGCGUGUUCAAAUGUAUAGAGCCAGGAGUAACCAUUACCUGUCUGCUGCUAUAAUCGAUGGAGAUCACGAGCCUGAAGUGGAUCCCUACGACUUUGAGGACGGAGAGGUCAAGUUCACUUUUUCCAGCAAAAAGGAUAAAGCCGGAGGAGAGCGCGAGCCAGGCAAGAAACAUAAGGGGGAAGAUGGUGGAUCUGGUCCUUCAGAUGAAUCUCAGCAUGCAGCUGCAAACAACCGCAUGGCCUCCACCAGCCUGAUGCACGAGACGGACCUGGUGGUUUCCAUCAACGACCUGGAACACCUUUUCAACUCAGACGAAGAUGAUCUGACGAUCGGUCCCAGACGACCAGUCAACGGAACAGAUGAGAAUUCUAGCUACAAGGAACAAAAGCCAUCCAUUUUGGACCCUGUGUCUUGCAUUGGUUCAGACUGGCCCCAUAUGUUUCCCACGCCUCCCUCCUUGGAGCAGCACACCAUGGGCUACUCACCAAUGAAUAUGUGCAGCAAGGAGUACUGCAGCAUGGAGCACAACCUGGGCAUGACCACUCUGGACGGCAUCUCAACWCUGGGAGGCGACUUCAAGAUCGAAGUAGAAGAGAGCUUCUGUAGCCCCAAACCGUCUGAGAUCAAGGAUUACUCUUUUGUGUACAAGACAGAGCUGUGUCAGGCAUUUGUAGGUUGCUCCAUGUUCGCCCCUCUGAAGACGUUGCCCAGCCAGUCUCUCCCACCUGUUAAAGUACCAGAGGACUGUGUGUACCGGCCCAGCUGGACCAUGGGCAGGGAGAUGCCCGUAAUGAACUUCCUCAACAAAGACAGUAAUAUCCCCAGUGAGGGCAGCRCUAUGGACCAGGACUACAACCAAACCUACACACCUCAGACCCACACACCUUUCAUGUCCAACAGUGCUCCACCCAGUAACAGCGGCAUUGGCAUCCUGCCCUCRCCUGCCACCCCACGCUUCUCAGCCCCCACCCCGCGCACACCUCGGACCCCACGCACACCUCGAGGCCCCUCAAGCGUCCAGGGCUCGUUAAAAUAUGAGAACUCUGAUCUGUACUCGCCAGCGUCCACCCCCUCCACGUGUCGCCCUUUGAACUCUGUGGAGCCCGCCACUGUACCCUCCAUCCCAGAAGCCCACAGCCUUUAUGUCACCCUCAUCCUGUCAGAGUCUGUCAUGAACCUCUUCAAGGACUGCAACUUUGACAGCUGCUGCAUCUGCGUGUGCAACAUGAAUAUCAAAGGAGCCGAUGUGGGUGUGUACCUGAGCGAUCCGGUCAGCGAGGCCCAGGAGGCAUGCAGCUGUGGCUUCAGCGCUGUGGUCAACCGACGUUAUGGGAAUAGCUCAGGGCUGUUCUUGGAGGACGAGCUGGACAUCAUUGGACGCGGUUCGGAUGUCAGUAGGGAGGCAGAAAAGCGCUUCGAGGAGCUGCGGCUCUCCUCACUUGAAAAAACUGGAGUUGGGAGAGGAGACAUUGUGCCGGAUGAGCUGAUUCUGCUGCUGCAGGAUCAGUGCAUGAAUCCCUUUUCAUCAUUUUCAAUCAUGGAGAAUGACACCGUGACGUGGGGGCCAAGCGGAGCCCCAGAAACCCCAUGCCUAAGGGUGGAGGAGAGAGACUACUGCAGUGACUGCUACAUGGCCCUGGAGCACGGCAGGCAGUUCAUGGACAACAUGUCAGGUGGCAAAGUGGACGAGGCGCUGGUGAAAAGCACCUGUCUGCACCCMUGGGCCAAACAAAAUGCCGUGGACGUCAGUUCACUGUGCUCUCAAGAUGUGUUGCGGGUGCUGAUGUCUCUUCAGCCUGUGCUUCAAGAUGCCAUCCAGAAGAAAAGGACAGUUCGAUCAUGGGGUUUCCAGGGGCCUCUCACCUGGCAGCAGUUCCACAAGAUGGCUGGACGUGGCUCUUACGGCACAGACGAGUCACCCGAGCCUCUGCCCAUCCCCACCUUCCUGGUGGGUUAUGAGUAUGACUUUGUGGUUCUGUCUCCAUUUGGGCUGCCCUACUGGGAGAAACUGCUACUGGAUCCAUUUGGCUCUCAGCGGGACAUCGGGUAUCUAGUUGUUUGUCCUGACAAUGAAGCCCUGCUCAGCGGCUCUAAAAGCUUCUUCCAAGACCUCUCUGCCGUCUACGAGUCUUGCCGCCUGGGACAACACCGACCCAUUUCAAGAGGGUAUCCUGAUGGCAUAGUAAUUGUUGGGGGCAGUGCAGCCAAGACCCUAGCAGAUCAGCCAGUCAGUGAGUGGUUCCUCAAAGGUGCCAGCGGCAACAGCGACGCCUUCACCAAGCUCAAACUCUAUGCACAAGUGUGCCGCCACGACCUUGCUCCAUACCUCGCAUCCCAGACAUUAGACAGUUCCCUCCUCACACAACCCAGCACCCCUCCCUCAUCCAAUCAGACAUCAUCCACACAACAGUCUAGCUCCUCCUCCAGCACAGCCAACCAACAGAGCUCCUCUGUAUCCAAUAACAACAACAACAACAACAGCAUGAGCAGCGGUUAUGGAAAUGGUUCGGCAUCAUCCAACAACCACACCGCAUCUUCAGGCCAGCCUGGCAGCACAAUCCCAUCUGCCAAGCCCAACUCCUUCCCCCCCUUUGUAAGCACGGGAAGCCAGAACUCCCAGAGYGGACAGCUGGGGCAGCAAGCUGGUUCCCAGAAUGCUGGCACCUCAGGAGAAAACUCCAACAGCCAGGCCCAGGGGCCUACAGAGCCACCUGAAAGCACUUUGGAGCGGGAGAAGGUAGGCGUUCCCACUGAUGGGGAGUCCCACGCUAUGAURUAUCCGCCCGCUAUCGUUGUUUACAUUGUGGACCCCUUUAGCUAUGAGGAGUCCGAUGGAGGCCUGGGGCCUGUUCAAACCCAUUCCAGCGUGUGGACACUGGGUUUGCUCCGCUGUUACUUGGAGAUGCUUCAGUUUCUCCCCCCACAUAUGCGCAACUCUGUUUCUGUACAGAUUGUUCCAUGCCAGUACCUGCUUCAGCCUGUACGAGGAGAAGACCGUCAAAUCUACGCACAGCACCUCAAAUCUCUAGCAUUCUCUGUCUUCACUCAGUGUAGACGACCGCUGCCCACUUCCACCAAUGUCAAGUCUUUAACAGGCUUUGGCCCAGGCUUGGCCAUUGACAUUGCACUGAGGCGCCCUGAGAGGCCAGACUGUCUUCGUCUGUACACACCCCCAUUUAUCUUAGCACCAGAAAAGGACAGACAGACGGAACUGGGCGAAACGUUUGGUGAAGCGUCGCAAAAAUACAACGUGCUGUUUGUGGGCUACUGUUUGUCUCACGACCAGAGAUGGCUUCUGGCUACGUGCACUGACCUGUACGGGGAACUGCUGGAGACCUGCAUCAUCAACAUAGACCUACCCAAYAGGGCACGGAGGAAAAAAGGGUCGGUUCGUCGACUUGGCCUCCAGAAGCUGUGGGAUUGGUGCCUAGGACUGGUGCAGACGACAUCAAUUCCCUGGAGAGUGGUGAUUGGCCGAUUAGGCAGGAUGGGGCAUGGAGAGUUAAAAGACUGGAGCAUUCUAUUGAGUCGAGGAAAUCUGCAGUCACUCAGUCGGCGUCUGAAGGAAAUGUGUCGAAUGUGUGGAAUCUCUGCCUCUGACACUCCCAGCAUCCUCAGUGUAUGCUUGGUCGCCAUGGAGCCGCAGGGAUCCUUUGUUAUCAUGCCAGACUCUGUGUCCACAGGCUCUGUGUUUGGCCGGAGCACCACCUUAAACAUGCAGACCUCGCAGCUCAGCACCCCACAGGACACCUCCUGCACUCACAUCCUGGUUUUUCCCACCUCUGCCUCUGUUCAGGUGGCCAGCUCUAAUUACACCAACAUCGACACCAACAUCGACAUCCUAAAUGCCACCACUGGGGCAGAGCACAGAUCGGAUGGAGUCUCAUGAAGAGGUUCAGAACCUCCUGCAGCAGCCUCUGGCACUUGGCUACUUUGUCUCUACAGCGAAGGUUGGCCCGCUACCUGACUGGUUCUGGUCGGCUUGUCCGCAGGCUCAGAACCAGUGUCCACUCUUCCUCAAGGCCUCUCUGCACCUCCAUGCGUCUUCAUUGCAAUCAGAUGAACUACUGCAUAGUAAACACUCCCACCCCCUCGACUCCAAUCAGACCUCAGAUGUACUCAGAUUCGUACUGGAGCAGUACAAUGCUCUUUCCUGGCUCACAUGCGACCCCGCCACACAGGACCGACGCUCGUGUCUGCCCAUUCACUUUGUGGUGCUGAACCAGAUGUACAACUUCAUCAUGAACAUGUUGUAACCAGCAGUCUUGUUGUGAUAGAAUUUACGAGAAGAGCAAAGUGACUGCCUCAGGCAGGGGGUCUUAUCACCUGAGGAGGACGCCAGAGUUGAUGCUGUACCAAAAGUGGACCGUUUGGCUGGGUGAAGCAUGUCUGGUUCCAUCCCCUUGCUGCUGUUACUGGUCCACACAGUCCUGGCCCUGUGAUCUAACAAGACAUUUACACGAGAACAAGAGAAUAAAGAAAAGAGGAGAACCA